CUCAAGGCAAACACUAGCUGGUUAGCUAGGCUAGCCGAUCUGCAGGAUAAUCUUGCAUCUGUGGGAAAGCGGGACGUUUGCUCAUUUUGUUCUGUUAAACAAACUUACAGUGAAGUUAACUGCAUUUUGAACCCUUUAUAUCAACAGCGGCUUUUAUGCUUUUCGAGGGUGUUGUCUAAACCAAAGAAAUUUGCUCCGUUUCCUCUGGGAUCAGCUCAAGCUAACUUAGUUACGUUAACGUUGCCACACAGCCAUAAUGGCUGACUUUGGGUUUAAUGAACACCAUCAGAAUGAAAUCAUCAACUACAUGCGGUUUGCUCGCUCACAGAGGCUCUUAAGGCUCAAGAUUAUUGACUCAUGUUUUGAGGAACUCAAAGACAGCAGGCUGGUGGAGGAGACCUUCACCGUGGACGAGGUGAAGGAGAUGCUGGACGGCUUGCACGCGGUGGUCCGUGGGGAAGUAGAGAUGGAGCUGAUCAACACAGCCCACACUAAUGUGGUGCUGCUCAGACAGCUUUUCUCUCAGGCUGAGAAAUUUUACCUUCGACUCCAGAGCGAUAUCUCAGAGCUCGAAAACAGGGAGCUGUUAGAGCAGGUGGCUGAAUUUGAGAAGACUGACUUUAAAACUACCAAUAAGACAAACCAGGAAACGCAUAAACCCAAGCUGGCACCGCUGAACGAAGGUGGGGUGUCUGAGCUCCUCAACAAGGAGAUAGCAAGAUUACAAGAGGAGAACGACAAACUGAAAUCCAGGCUGCGGACUUUAGAAUCACAGGCCAUGAGUGUACUAGAUGAGAAAACGAAAGCAGAGAGAGCUCUGAAAGAUCUCCAGAGGACACAAGGAGAUCAACAGCUUUCUGCUCAAACAAAGGAGAUCAGCAGCCUAGAGAAUACAGUAGCAGCUCUGAAGGAGGAUUAUGAAAGGUCGCUUAGUGCCAAUGCUGCAACCAAGAAGGAUCUGCAGGAGAAUUUAAUCACCGCCAAGCAUGAACUUCUGCGAGUGCAGGAGCAGCUGUCCUUGGCAGAGAAGGAGUUGGAGAAGAAGUUCCAGCAAACUGCGGCAUAUCGCAACAUGAAGGAGAUUCUAACUAAGAAGAAUGAACAAAUCAAAGAAAUAAGGAAACGACUGCAGAAGUACGAGCCCGAUGACUGAGUACACAUUAAUUCUUCAGUAAGACUCCUGCCUGGUUUCAGUGUUGUUUUUAUUUCUGUUUUGUUUCGCUUUUAUCUGCCAUCCUCCAUCCUUUUAUCUUUUAUAAAGCUUGACCGAUCAGUUGGAGAAACUCCUGACUAAAUACACAGAAGAUCUGAUGACAUUGGUGUACUUUUCCCCCUUUCAAUGUCUAAACUUUGAGCUCCUCUGCAGUAGCUGGUAGAUUUCCCUUAGUGCUCUAUGCAAUUUCCAACAUUUCCCUGUUUGAAGGGGCCUUUUACUGAACUGGACAAAAAUAAGCUUUGUAGUCUUACAGUGCCUUGCAAAUGUAUUCAUAGCUCUUUGAAUUUUUCAUAUUG